AUGCCCCCAAUUUGCUGUGGUUUGUCAUCAAUGUCAAUGUUGUUUGGUAGCAAAUCAGUAAAACUUGGCCAGCGAUUGAAAACGUAUCCGAAGUCGAUGGAAAACAGGAAUUGGAAGAAAACGAUGCGUUCUCGUUUCAAAAAGGAUAGCUCAUCUCAACCCGCAUGUAAUUUCAUUCUUAUAAUGGAACUUCGGAAAAAAGUUGUAACCUUUCGCGACAUUAUUGACCUACCACCUUGUAGUACCUUGGUUUCAACACAUCAGUUGUUAUUAGGAACAUUGAGAGAUCUCCAAAAGUUCUACCCUGGAAGCUUACCACAAUUCCACAAGUCAGAACUGAAAAGAUUACCACUUGAUAAGAUGUUGUUAUACUUUUGCAAGGCAUUGCAAGAACUUGGAGAUAACACAUCAAAGAUGAAUGAUGAGCGGAUAAACAAAAAUAAAUAUGAUAUAUAUGAGAACAACAAUUGCAAAAAUGUUGAUAAACUAAUUGAAUUUGCCAUGGCGGAACUCAAUGUGUUGAUCAAAAUGGCCAGAGAGCAAUUCGAUAUAGCCGCCCCCGACGACGAGGGGGGCGGAAACAAAGGGUUGGAUCCUAAAACUAACUCGUUCAAGAAGGAAAUGAAGAAAUCUUGUUCGAAAAUAAGCUCCGGUUGCUCUUCCCCAACAUCGGUCAUCCCGGAAGUGGCGACUGAUGAACCGAAUUCUUCGUCCGUUACGUUCUCUUUUAGGGUUCAAUCGGUGGGAAAAUUGAAUUCGACGGAUGUUAAGCGACUCAAGUUACAUAUGUUUCCGAGUUUUGGGCUUCAGCUUCCCAGUUGUUUGAACCCAAAGAAGAUCGCUAGUGUCGGAGACAUCAACGUCGACGAUGAAGAAAAAGAAAAGAAAGAGGCAAAGGGUGAUGAUGGAUCUUUAGUGAUUAAUGCAGAAGAAAAGAAAGAAGCAAAGGGUGAUGAUGGAUCUUUAGUGAUGAAUGCAUCCAUUGUUGACAAAGACGAAGGUCACAUUGAUGAAAAUAAGAGACUAAAAGAGCCGGUUUCUAAUGAUGAUAAUACUAAAAACGGUAAUGAUGGAUGCAAUGAUACUAAAUUAGCACCAACAACAGCUGAAGUUUCACCGUCACCAGCACCAUCGGCGGAAGUUUCAUCGACAAUACCGUCUCCGCCGCCACCGCCUGCUUCCUUGCAGCCGAAGGAAAAUGUAGUAUCAGGAGGACCACCAUUGCCCCCAUCCCCGAAGUUGGAGCCAAAAGAACCAGAAGUGCCCAAAACUGAAACAGCAAUCCCACCGCCACCUCCUCCUCCGGGGAAGUCAACUUCGGAGGCAUCCGGGGGACCCCCUCCUCCGCCACCUCCAGUACCUUCUGCAUCAGGAGGAGGAGGAGCACCACCACCAGCACCCUCACUAUCCAGAACGCUUACGAAAAAAUUUGGACCAACGCCACCACCACCGCCACCCGGGUCACAGGCAAAUGGUGGGGCUAAUCCGCCGCCUCCUCCGCCUCCCGGAGGAAAAUCUGUCCGCACUAAGAGAGGAGGUACUAGAUUGAAGAGAUCAAGUCAUAUGGGUAACCUAUAUAGGAAUCUCAAGAGCAAAGUAGAAGGAUCUCCAAUGCAAGGCAAAGCAUUUGGUAAAAAAAAAGGUGGUGGUGGGGUUAAAAACAACAGCAGUGGGCAAGGCAUGGCUGAUGCAUUAGCAGAGAUUACAAAGAAAUCAGCUUAUUUCCAACAAAUUGAAGAAGAUGUUGAGAAGUAUUCAAAAUCAAUCUAUGAGCUCAAAGGUGCCAUUGGAAAGUUCAAGACAAAGGACAUGAAUGAGUUGCUUCAGUUCUAUAAAGAAGUAGAAUCCGUUCUCGAGAACCUAACAGAUGAAACUCAGGUUCUAGCAAGGAUUGAAGAUUUCCCAACAAAAAAGUUGGAAGCAUUAAGGACAUCUUCUACACUUUACUCCAAAUUAGAAUCAAUGAUUAAAGAACUCAAGAACCUGAAGAUUGAACCUCCUUUGCCACAACUACUUGACAAGGUUUCUCGUUCCUUCACUAAGAUCAAAGGUGACAUAGAUGCUUUGGAGCGAACCAAAGAUGAAGAAGCCAAGAUAUUUAAGGGCUACAAUAUUGAAUUUGACUUCCAAAUUAUUGUGCGAAUCAAAGAAACCAUGGUUGACGUUUCCUCCGAUUGCAUGGAGUUGGCAUUGAAGGAGAGAAGAGAAGGUGAUGGGCAAAACAAAAAUGGCGGCGUUAAGUUGCUAUGGAGAGUUUUCCAAUUCGCUUUCCAGGUUUACACAUUUGCCGGCGGACAUGAUGAACGUGCUGAGAAGUUGACACAAGAAUUGGCUCAAGAAAUUGAGAAGGAGGCCGAAAACCAAAAUGAGGCAACACCAACACCAAGAAGAAGGAAAAAUAAGCCACGAAGAAUGGCAUCUCGAAAGAACACGUGUCCAACUUGUAAGACGGGACCUACUUAGUUGGAAAACGUCACGGUUUUGUUUUAAUGAAUUGGAGGGUUACACUUUUUGGUGUAGAUAAGAAAAAAAUGAUUGUAUGAAACAGUGACGUCACGUCAUUUUGUAUAUUUUUUGUCAAUAGUUUAAUGCCAUAUCAACAUUUUCAUCUUAAAUCUAAGUAUUUUCAUCUUGAAAAAAAUCAAAUCUAAAUGAAAA